AUUAUGUAAACAAAGCCUUUUGUUUUUGAGCUUCUUCUCUAUGUUUUAACAAAAACCAAAACUCUGUAAUCGAAACUGAAGAAAGCCCUAAGGUUUUUCUGGUUUAAAUGCAUAUACAAGAAUAAGAAGCUUGUUGUUGGAAUGGAACAAGCUGCACAGAGGAGCUCAACCAUUGUUGCAUCGACCUCUGAAGGGUCGAAUUUAGAUCCGAUAUCUCGAGUGAGGAAGCUCUUGUUCCGUCAAAUGCUUGUGGGAAUCAAAGACGGGAGAUUCUUCCUGGGAAAUUUCCAUUGCAUUGACAAACAAGGGAACAUCAUUCUCCAGGAUACCGUGGAGUAUCGUAGCAUAAGAAGAUCGUCUCCUUCGCCUACUGAACAGCGUUGUCUUGGUAUGAUCCUAAUCCCUUCCUCUUGCAGGACAUCUUGCCAUGUCGAUUGUUCUAUCGAGGAACAGCUUUCAUUGAUUCAGCUGAAAGAUUAGAGCCUCUUUUUAAAAUCUUUCCAAGUUUCAUCAAUGUUGUAAUCAAUAAUAGGUCUUCUUAUCAUGGAUUUCGUCUCUGCAUUGUGCCCAAAAUCAAAACUUUAUUCCAUGUCCUUGUAUGAUCAAUGAUUCCCAUGUUUUUGUGAAGAAAUAUGUAUACAAUACAUUGGAAACUCUUUU